CUCGGACAUCAGUGAGAAGCCACAACGCGGACGGGACGGCAGCAGAGGCACAGAUAGCUCCUAUUUAUUAGCCACCUGAACGCGAAUCGCUCCCGUUUGGUUUUAAUAUUCAUUGUAUUAGGAAUUAAAUUUGUGGACAAUUUCAUCAGACUUAGAGUGGUAUCGCGGAGUCUACUUUACUUCAGACAGGAUGUCGGCACUCUCCGUAAAUGACCACCUCGAAGGGAUUUUAUCCGAUUUUGAAGCCUUGAAGAGAUCCUUUGACAUUGAAGAUGUGGAUGACAUACCAUCCUUCUCCUCGGCAUCCACUGCCUCCUCCCCUGUCUCUCCUUCGUCCUCCCAUUUCUUCCACAGCCAUAACAAAGCCAGUGAGGGUAGGGUUGGAGGAGAAUCCCCUUCUUCAUCUUUUAAAAACAUCAACAACCUAGGCUCUGCAGGGUACCAGACCUGUAUCAGCCAAAGUUCCAAUCCCAGUCCAGUCCUCAGGUCACGCACAGUGGUCAGCAGUCUGUCCUUCAAUCGGGGAACUAUGAACAAGCCAGCCGCUUAUAACAACAACUCCUCUGUGACUCGAGCUGCAUCUUUUCAAAGCAGGGUGAACCCCAACAAUGGGUUCUCCAUAUUGCGUGGACCAGGAAGUGACAAUGACAGCCUUCAUAGCUCCUCUUCCAGCCUUGAGUACUCUGGAGUGGGUGGAGGUUCACUUCAUCCUAACAAGCUGACAUCAUAUUCCAGUCCUCCACCCCUUGGUGAGUACCACCAAGCCCAGCCUCAGCUCUCAGAACAGCAGGUACAAGCAGGUGCUAAAUUGGGAAACAACCACAACUUGACAAAGUUCUCCUCUCAUGGGACUGUUUUCCAGUCUGCAUUGGACCAGGGAAUAGGAUUGGUGUUGGAGUCACCAGAUCCUCAAGGGAUUAAUCACGGCUCCAUGCCCAGCCUAGAUAUUCAAAUCUGUGACGGAGGAGGUGGCAUACUAGGUGUGCAGAGAGGUGGAGACCAAGUUUCUCCUGGCUUGAGGUAUAUCAGUGCUAAUGCUACCUGUAAUGCCCGGCUUCAAAAUGCCAAUUCCCUUAAAGUUGACGGUAGCUGUGGCCCCAACAAUCAUUCUUCAGGCCACCAGACUACCCAGGCCAAGGCUAAAGAGACUCCACGUCUCAGGAAGUUUCCCUUGGACCUUGAUAGCUGGGUGAGCACCAACUCCAUUUCUUCCCCUGCUAAGGUUCUCAGACGGCCCAUCAGCCCCAAUCCUCCAAAGCCUCCUCCGAGAAGCACAGGGAGCCUUCACCAUCACACCAACUCCCCAUACACUUCGGCAAGUCUAUCAGCUUCCCUCAGCAGCCUUGACAGUUACUCCGAUACACUGCCUCUCUCCCUUCACCAUCCCCUUUUGCCUUUCUCAAGUCAUUCAACUGCAGGCUCCAUUCCUGUUCCAGAGGUGAGCUGCUCACCAGUACCCCUUUCUCCAGCCCAGAUUUUGCAGUUGGGAACCCUUUCCAGGCCACAAGUUGUGCAAGUAAACCCUGUCCCUCCCAACUCUUUUAGUCCUUCCAGCCCCAGCGCAACUAGCUCUUUGGAAGAUUGCCCCAGUGAUGUCGGAGAUAGUGUAGGCUCAAUCUUACAGAGGAUUGCCUCCUUCUCCCGGCCUGUCAUCCUACCUUCCACAGUUCCGAAUAAUGGAGCUCCGUCCUCUGAACUGGGCUGUCCUGCAGAGACCACACUUACGCCAACAAGGGGACAUGGCAAAAAGAAAGACAAAGAGAGUGCUGGAGAUCUGAACGCAGAAACACCUUCCCUGAUGGAGGAGCGAGAGGAGAAAGAAAACGCCAUCAUGGAAGAAGAGCAAGCCGCAGAGGACAAGAGUGAAGCAAUACAAGUGAGCACUGUUACCCCGAAUUCCGGCAAGGAAAGCAAAACAAACGGUGUGGAGGUCCAUGCAGAGGUGGAGGAGAAGGAAAUGGAGAAAGGAAUGGAGGAAGGAGAAAUGAAGAAAGAGGUGGAGUCAGAGGUGAAGGUGGAAGUGUGCCAGACUGUGCCAGACAUGCAGAUGAGUUUCAUCCAUGGCAGUGACCUGUUUGGCUAUGUGGGCAUUGAGGCAGUGCUGGACCAGAUGAGACACAAGACCAUGAAAGCUGGCUUUGAGUUCAACAUCAUGGUGGUUGGUCAGAGUGGUUUGGGAAAAUCUACAAUGGUCAACACUCUCUUCAAGUCUAAAGUCAGCAGGAAGUCCUGCACACCGAACUAUGAGGAGGAAAUCUCCCAAACAGUCAAGCUGCAGUCAGUGAGCCACAUGAUUGAAGAGAAGGGGGUGAAGAUGAAGCUGACAGUGAUUGACACUCCAGGGUUUGGAGACCAGAUCAACAAUGACAACUGUUGGGAGCCCAUCGUGAAAUACAUCAACGAGCAGUAUGAGAAAUAUCUGCGAGAAGAGCUGCAUGUCAACCGUAAGCGGAGAAUACCUGACACAAGAGUCCACUGUUGCAUUUACUUUUUGGCUGCGACAGGACACAGGUUACGCCUCAUCGAUAUCGAAUUCAUGAAGAGAUUGGGAAAGAUCGUAAGCAUUGUGCCUGUCAUUGCCAAAGCUGACACACUUACCAUUGAGGAACGAGAGGAGUUCAAGGAGAGGAUAAGGCAAGACUUGGCAGGCAACGGGAUUUGUGUUUAUCCCCAGAAAGAGUACGACGAGGAUCCAGAGGAGCGCUUCCUCAAUGACAGGAUCAGGGAAAGCAUUCCCUUCGCAGUGGUGGGGACCGACAAGGAGCACCAGGUGAACGGAAACAAGGUGUUGGGACGUAAAACCAAGUGGGGAAUUAUCGAAGUUGAAAAUGUGGCACACUGUGAGUUUGCCAAUCUGCGAGAUCUCCUUAUCAGGUCUCACCUGCAGGACCUGAAAGACGUGACACACAACGUCCAUUAUGAAACAUACCGCGUACGACGGCUCAACGAGUGCAACAUCAAUUUCAUCGAACAAGGACUUUCUACUUGGCCGCUAGAAAAUGGAACUACUGACAAAUGCGAAUCAGACAGCCAUCUCUGAUGCCUUCGUCAGCCAUGUACUCCUGAAAUGAUGCUACCCAUCUAGAGUACUCAAUGUGAGCGAUGGGACAAGAGAGCAUUUUGAAGCAGGAUGGGGAUUUUUUUAUUUUUUUUUAAUCAUUACAGUGACCAACUAUUGGAUUGUUUAAUAAAAGUUUGUAUGGGAGACUAAAAAUGCAAAUAUUUUUGAAUGUGACAUAUUUUGUAUUUUCUGGUCAUAUGGUUGCGUAUACAGGCAUAAUCAGGGCAGUCAGAUUCGAGAGUGGCACAAAGAUAGAAAUCAACUAUUCUGCUAUAUGAAAAGUAAAAGGUCAUAAAGUCGAAUGUGAAUUGACAUCCCAGGCCUUAAUUGCAGAUAACCCUGUGUGGCUGUAAAGUAAGCAUCCGUUGCUGUGUAUUGCCGCAUGCAUUUGGUAAUGUAUUAUCGUUCAGCUUUUAACCAUGCCCAAACCAACUAAAACCCCUGCUGAAUUAAACACACACACACACAUCUACACUCUUGCUGUACCACGUGUGCCCUGUAGAUCCUGUUUACAACCAGUAUUGUAACAGUCAAGUUUUCCAACAUGCUGUUGCAAAAUAGCUUUGUACAUAGGAAACAAGACAAGCAUUUUAUUUGCAUUUUCUGAUUUUGACCUCAACUAAUAGUGUACAUAACUGACUGGAGAAAUAAACUAAAUGAAAUGAGUGAAGGGGUUUUCAGGACAGAAUGACGCAUAAUUGUAUGCCGAGUCCCUCAGCUCUUCUCUCCUUUCAACUCAAAUUUAGUUUUAUAAGACUAAUCAAAAGAGUCUCAAAGGGCUUCAUAGGUUGACAAGGGUUGACGACGUCCCCUGAAGUAAACCUCCUAUCAAGCAAGAUAAAACUCAAAACCCAAUUUAGGGCGAAAUACGAAACGUUGAGAAGGGGUCGCAGAUGGAGGGAUCCAUUUUCAUGCCUACCUUCACGUGGACCAUGGUAAAUGGAGUACUGGUUGUAUUGAACCAUUUGACUCUGUGCAUGUGUUUAAAAGUGCUUAAAGUUCACUUUUAAAUCUUAAAGCCAAUAGUUUUGUCUGGAAGAGAUAGAGCUGGUCAAUAAAGCCAAAUAGCACAUACAGUAUUUACAUUAUCAGAUAUUGGGCAAUGACGUAUUGUUUCAUUUUCACUGUACAAUAAGUGUGGAGUAAGUAAAUGGUCACAUCUGUGCUGUGAUUCUAGGGGCAGGGUACAUUAUGUCUUUGAAAAAGACCAAUGUAUCAGUUAUAUUACAGUUAUACAUUUUGUAAAAAGUAUUUUGUCCAGUCUCUUGUUUGCAUUUUUCCCUCAAACUUACAUAGGGUUCCCUCCAAAAGUGUUAGAACGACAAGGUCAAUUCCUUUGUUUUUGUUGUAUACUGAAGACAUUUGGGUUUCAGAUCAAAAGAUUAACAUGAUAUAAAAGUUCAGAAUUCCAGCUUUUAUUUCAUGGUAUUUACAACUAGAUGUGUUAAACAACUCAGGACAGAGCACCUUUUGUUUGAAGCCACCCACUUUUCAAGUGAGCGAAAGUAUUAGAACAUACAUUAAAUUAGCUUAAAGUGAAUAACAUUUAAUAUUUGGUGGCAUAACCCUUGCUUGCAAUAACUGCAUCAAGCCUGCGACCCAUUGACUUCAUCUUUAUUUGAAAUACUUUUCCAGGCCUUUACUUCAGCCUCUUUCAGUUUUUAUUUGUUUCUGGGGGUUUCACCCUUCAGUAUCCUCUUCAGAAUCAGAAUCAUCUUUAUUUGCCAAGUAUGUCCAAAAACACACAAGGAAUUUGUCUCCGGUAGUUGGAGCCGCUCUAGUACGACAACAGACAGUCAAUUUACAGAAUACUUUGGAGACAGAAACACAUUGACAAAAAAAACACUCACUGAGCAGUAAAGGGUUGCUAGUUAUCUGGUAAUGCCGGUACAAAUUAUUUAUUUUUUUGACAAUUGUGCAAAAAGAUGCAGAGUCCUCUAGCACUUAGAGCAGUUCAAAUGACUAAUAUUGCAAUAGUCCGGUGCAAUGACCAUUGUGCAAAGGGCGCCGAGACUUCAAGGAGUGUAUGCGGUUUAAAGUGACGAGUAGUGCGAUAAUCUGGGACAAUGUUGGUUGUGCAAAAGUUGCAGAUACUCCUCAAUCAGUGUGCAAAUGGAGCAGAUGCUACUCUGGCAUGAGUGGCCAGUAUAUGCAAAAUAGUGCAGCAUGGCGAGACAACUACAGUGAAUGCCCGAGUAAUACAUAAUUGGCCCCACAGAAACGUGACAACGAACUCAAGUCAAAAAAUUGCCAGCAGAUUGUAAUGGAAUUGUAGUUAGGUGUUUAAGAAGUUGAUCGCAAGAGGGAAGAAGCUGUUGGAAUGUCUACUAGUUCUAGUUUGCAUUGAUCGGUAGCGCCUACCUGAGGGAAGGAGCUGGAAGAGCUGGUGACCGGGGUGCGGAGGGUCCGAGAGGAUUUUGCAUGCUCUUGUCUUAGUUCUGGCAGCGUGCAAGUCCUCAAUGGUGGGUAGGGGGGUACCGACAAUCCUUUCAGCAGUUUUGAUUGUCCGUUGCAGUCGGAGUUUGUCCUUUUUUGUAGCAGCACCAAAGCAAACACCAAACAUUUUAUCUUCAGGAGAUAAAAUGCAUGCUCUAUUGGGUUAAUGCCCGGUGAUUGACUUGGCCAGUCUAAGACCUUCCCCUUUUGCCUCUUGAUGAAGUCCUUUGCUGUGUUGGCAGUGUCUUUUGGGUCAUUGUCUUGUUGCAUGAUGAAGCUUCUCCUGAUUAAUUUGGAUGCAUUUUAAAUUGCCAGACAAAAUGGUUUUGUACACUUCAAAAUUCAUUCUGCUGCUACCAUCGUGAGUUUGUUCAUCAAUAAAGACUAGUGAGCCCAUUCCAGAAGCAGCCAUGCAAGCCCAAGCCAUGACAUUACCAACACCAUGCUUCACAGAUGAGCUUGUGUGUUUGGGAUCAUCAGCAGAUCCUUUCUUACUCCAUACUUUGGCCAUUCCAUCCCUUUGGGAGAGAUUAGUCUUGGUCUCGUUAGUCCAUAAAACGUUGUCCCAAAACUUUUCUGACUCAUCUCUGUAUUUCUUUACAAAUUCCAACCUGGCCUUCUGAUUCUUUUUGCUGAUGAGUGGUUUGCAUCGUGUGGUAUGGCCAGUAUAUUUCUUCUCCCGAAGUCUUCUUCAAACAGUGGAUAGUGAACCCUGCCCUGUAGAGGUUGGCAGUGACGUCACUGAGUGUGGGUGUUUCAUCACAGCUCUCACAAUGUUUCUGUCAUCAACUGCUGUUGAUACCCUUGGCUGGUCUGUUCAAUGUCUGUUGCUCCUUUACAGCAGUAGUUUUUCUCUUUCGGGACAUUUCAAAUUUUUGUAUUGGCUAUGCCCAAUGUUUGUGCAAUAGCUCUGAUCGAUUUUCCAUCUUCUCUCAGCUUCAGAGUGGUUUGCUUUUCUCCGAUAGUGAGCUCCCUGGUCUUCAUGUUUGCGUAACAGCAAAUACAGUUUUCAUCGGUGAAACCGAAAGCCAAAAACAAGCACUAUCUAUUGUUUAAGCAAUCAAUCUAAAAGGCAACACCUGAGCAACUAGAAACACCCAUCUGUUACAUGUUCCAAUACUUUUGCUUACUUGAAAGGUGGUUGACUUCAAACAAAAGCUGCUCUGUCCUGAGUUCUUCAACACAUCUAGAUGUAAAAUACCAUGAAAUAAAAGCUGGAAUUUUGCACUUUUGUCUCAUAUUUAUCUUUUGAUCUGAAACCCACGUCUUCAGUAUACAACAACAAAAAAAGGAAUUUACCUUGCCGUUCCAAUACUUUUGGAGGGGCUGUAGCUUUUCUAUCCAGUAGUUACCUUCUCAUAAUAUCAGGUUUAACUGGAAACUUAAAGAAAUGUUAUUAUAACUUGGCUUGGCUGGUGGCGUUAGACCCAUUUUUAUGAAAGACAUUUAUGUUUGUCGCAAGCCUUUCACUUUGAAUUUUGUGGGGCAAUGUGGAGCAAAUUGGAUGUUUGUGUUGUAUGGGCUGCUAAAAGCUUUGCUGUUUCUCUGCCUUCCUUGCAGAGAGCUCAUCAGAAGCUAUUCUGGGCACUAAUGCGCAGCACUGGAUUUUACAGAGACUUUUUGGCGUCAACAUUCAAUUCUCAAAGUGUUGUGAUGAGACUAGAACUGCAUUACAAUUAUAUCCUUACCAUAACCCUAAAGAAGCAUCAGCAAUAAUUCAGGAUUUCAUUACUUCACAUUGCAUUCAGAUCUCUGGUUUUUAGACUUUUUCUAAUGUAUGUAUGGAAUUGUAUAACAUUGCAAGAAGUAUGUAUGUACAAUAGAAACCAUGCAGUCCACUUUCUUCUUUGACUAGACUAUUUUCAUUGUCUUUGAGUCUGAGUAUGAGGCCAUGAUAAGAUUGUCAUUCAAUGGAUUACAAACUCACAAUUAUUUCACUUGGUAUUAGCAUUGUCAAACGUCUUUAUAAUUGUGUGGUUAUCCGAUCACAAGCGAGCAACCUUAUUGUUUUACGUAAAGUUUAUUUUGUAAUAACAAAGACAAAUUUAUGUGAUCCUCAAGUCAGCUCACUUUACUGAUUAUCACGGUAAAUCUCACUGCAACUGCCGUUUUGUAUGUAACCCCAAAUGUUAUUGGCCACCGUAAUUAGUUAGAAAUACAACCAGAUCAGUUUAAUUUAUUGUUGCUUUACAGAAUUGCAAACUGCAUGUUAGCCCUUACCCUCAGUAAUCUCUGUCAUACCGGUUCUGUUUUUGUUGUCCAACAUUGUUAUUUUUAAUUAAGUAUUAUUUCAUUAUUUGGUCUGAUCCAAGGAAAUAUGUCUGCUUUUUUGAACAUUGGAGCUGUUUGAACCUAGCCUAAAAUAAUACACGCACAGUAUAUUUCCAAAUUAUCACGUUUGUCCAUGUGUGCCUUAAUAUUACCACCACGUGUUCUAAAAAACAGCAGUUAUCUUCUUCAUCCAAAGUUCAAUACAACAUAUUGACGUAUUGAAGGGUUUUUAAUUGGAUUGAUCCAGUAAUUAGUCCCCAACCUUUAUGGGUGGCAAAUGGCUGUAUAUUUGUCUCAAGUGUCAUGCUUGCAUCUGGUUGUUGUUCUACAGAUGCAAAUAACUAAAAGAGGGCUCAAGACUAAAUUAUUUGAAGAUAAAUUCUUGUGGGUAAAAUUUUCAUGGCAAAGAAUAGAAAAUGUACUAAAUAAGCUGAACACCUUGAAGUGAAAAAAUAUUCUCGAUUGUUUGAUGGAGAGGUUUUGCUGAGAUAAUUUGAGGGUCAUUUUGCAUUGUGACUGUGACUUUAAAUGGAGUAACGGCCCAUGUGAUAACAUUUGUGAGUCCUCGGUUCCUGGAAAGCUGUUCUUAAGCAUGUGGACCAUUGUGCAUGAAUACCAGAAACAUUAUCAGUACUUUCAAGAUCAAUUCACUCAAAUUCAGUAGUUAUUUCUAGUAAAUCAAUUUGUAGUCUGCGCUUUUUUUUAAUCUCAAAAUAUCCCUGCAAUAAAAGGAAUUUAGGCUCCUCUCCGUCAUUUUUUUUUUUUAUAUUGGGCUCAUAAAAUGUUGAAGAUGAUUGUUAAUGUCAAGAUGGUGAGACUUGCUUUGCGAGCUUUCCAAGGAUAAAUGAAGGUUCAAAUAUGCAGUAUUUUUUCGAAACGAUGAUUCAGAGUAGCCUGAUUUGCUUAAUUACACAUUUUUGUGAAAUGAUGCCUCAUGCAAAUACUAAGUGAUUGGAUUUAUUGUGGAAAACGACAAGUAUCAAGUACAUUGGAACUAUGAAAUUAUUUUGUUGCUUCAUUAUAAUAUAAUCUUCCCAGUCCCCUGUAUCCUGAACUUCUUUUACCAAACUCCUUCCUCUUGUGUUUAUACUCAGCAUGUACACACUUCCCAUAUGAUUGUCUGUUUUCAUUGUAUUAAUGACACACGUUAACACUGUUGAUUUACAAUUAAAUGUUGUCACUUUCCGAAACAUGGUGUAACGUCUAUGUAAUAAACCUACUUUAUUUUAA